UUUCACCUUUAUAGCAUUUGUGAGAGGUUGGUCCAUAGGGUUGGUCAAACUAUGGCUUCAAUACGAGGAAAGUGCUUAUUGUCACAAAUGACCUGCAGGUGGCGUCAUGUACUACUCAUCCCCUACUCCUCUUCUGCUUGAAUGCAUUACCCACCACGCUUUAAGGAAGUGAUAAACUACGCAGUAAGUUGACCUGCAGCACCAGAACAAAAAUGUUAUACACGAAUCAUUGUGAUAACAUGCCACCUAAAACUAUCGUUACUUGAACUGUUCACAGCUGAAAAUAAGCAAUAGAUUCAACUAUGAGCAACGACAGUGAAAGUGUAGAUGUCCCGAGGCAAAUUGUCCUCCCACCAUUCUCCAGCCGGACCCUCCACCAUCCCUCCUUUAUGUCCGUAUACCUGGCAGCGGGCUCAAAUCGGUACCCAUUGUCUCCUAACCAGACAAGUGAGUCGAUUACAGCCAUGACCCCCUCGGAGUUCUUCUACACCGACCACAAUAUGUGCCCUGGGAGAAGACUCCCCAACAUAAUCAGUGAAAUGCAGGUUUUCAAGUGCUUUCGCCUCAACACUCCCCCACCUGUCAUGUCAGCCUGCCCUGCUCCUCCGGCCAGACCUGACCCCUUUAGGUCAGGGUCAUACCCCACCAGGGACCUGGGUUGUUCAACCUGGAGAAGAGACCCUAAUUACUGCCCUCAAGCUGACAGACCAAGGCCCAGAUCCAAGAAGAGUCAGUCAGUCAUCGAGCUAACCCUGGAAGAGGACCAAGCUAUUACUAACUUGCUAACGCUUCAUCACCAGCAGCACAUUCACACAGAUGGACUUCCUGUCCAUGCUAUUCAAAAGGACCUCCACGAAAAUGGGGUUUCGUCUGUGACAAACAUGACCCCAGACCACCAAACACCCCUUAGCCAUACACCGUUGGAUCAGUCCACUGUCACUGAGGGGAUGAGGGCCUCUCACAGAGACAGACCGCUCCAUUCGGUUGCCAUUUUCAGGGGUGAGCGGCACCUAGAGAGGUUGGGGUCUUCUGUGGAGAUGGAGGCAGCUGAUGCCCUGCUGAGACUGGGUGAGAACUGAGUCAGCCGGCUGAACGAGGAGGGCUGGAACCAGAACCAGAAUGAUGGAAACCUCAACCGUCAAAAUGGCCGCUUACCACCAGUCUCAUGCACUGCCAUUGCAAAAAGCAUAUGAAACUUGCAGGGGUUUCAGUACAAUAACCAAAUAACUGGAAAAGCCACGUUUGACUCUUUUCUGGAAAGUUUGAAAUUGGAUGAGGAAAAUAGAGAGUUGAUGCACACUGGGAUACUUAUGGAUCAGGAUAUUGAGGGUGGGUCUGUGAGAGGUUGUGGUUUGGUAAUGUGACGAGGGACUGCUCUAACUU